UUCAUCUGGUUUUUUCCAUCGCCAGCUCAGUUGCUUCGCCUCCUCUAACUGUCAAAUUCCGGCGCCACCGCACACCGUUGCGUUAAAUUUACUCUACAUUUUGAUCAUCACUGAAAACCCUAGAUCUUUAAUUUUCCCAAGAACUGGAAUCUGCAGGUGUGUUUCGGGACUCGGUUAGGGUUUAAGCUCUCGAAUCUGACAGAAUUUCAGAGGCAAAUUCGUAGGAAAGAAUGGGUUUUGACAACGAAUGCAUCUUGAACAUCCAAUCUCUAGCUGGAGAGUAUUUCUGUCCUGUUUGUCGUCUCCUUGUGUACCCGAAUGAAGCAUUACAAUCUCAGUGCACUCACCUGUACUGCAAGCCUUGUUUAACUUACAUUGCCGGCACCACCAGGGCUUGCCCUUACGAUGGUUACUUAGUAACAGAAGCAGAUUCCAAGCCACUACUGGAGUCAAACAAAGCACUUGCUGAAACUAUCGGUAAAGUUACAGUUCAUUGCUUAUACCAUAAGAGUGGGUGCACAUGGCAAGGCUCUUUUUCUGAAUGCACAGCCCAUUGUUCUGGGUGUGCCUUUGGCAACUCUCCUGUAGUAUGCAACAGAUGUGGCCUUCAAAUUGUUCAUCGCCAAGUUCUGGAACAUGCUCAGAAUUGUCCUAGUGUGCAGCCUCAAGCACAGCAGGUUGAGGGUACCCAGAAUGCUGCUGCUUCUGGCACUUCAGGUACUGGUGAUCAGACCCUGGCUGCCUCUCAGGCUGGAACAACUACUUCUCUGGCCCAGACUCCUCAAACUAGUACAGCUACUACAGCUGGACAGGAUCUCAGUCAGCAAACGAACUCGAAUUCCCAGGCCCAAGCUGUAACUCAGGCUGUUGUGGUUACUUCAGAACAGUGGUAUCAACAACAGCAACAACAAUAUCAGCAAUAUUAUCAGCAGUAUCCUGGUUAUGAUCCCUAUUAUCAGCAAUAUUACCCGUAUCAACAGCAGGCUAUUCCACAAUACCAGCAGCAGUUGCAGGUUCCUGCACAACAAAUGGCUGGCCAGCAUCAGGCGUACAUACAUUCACAGCCCCAAGCUCAACCACAAGUGCAGCUGCAACCACAGGUUCAGCCUCAAGUCCAAUCCCAGCCACAACUACAGGCUGUACAGCCUCAAACUCUUCCAUCUGUUCAGGCUCCUGUUCUGGCUCAACCCCAGCAGGCUCAAGUCAUCCAACAGCCACAACCUCAACCAGUGGUGCCGUCACAUUCUCAAAUGCCAUCGCAGACGCAACCACCAUCCCAGAGCCAUUCUCAUCUUCAGGUUCAACCAUAUCCUGCUCCCCAGCCUCAACCUCAUUUGCAAGUUCAGCCACAGACACUGACUCAGCCUCAGUCCCAGCCACAUUCUCAAGUGCAUCCUACUCCUAACCAGCCAUUGAAUCCCAAUUUCCAGCCUCAGAUGCAGCAUCCUUCAGCUAAUGCUGUGACAGGCCAUCAGUCAUAUCCACAACCCCAGUCUCACCAGCAAAUGCCAGUAGUAGCAUCUCAGCCCCCAAUGCAUAUGCCCCCCCAAGUUGGCCUUCAUCCACAAUUACAACAUCCAGUUCACAUGCAGACUCCAUACUCUCAACAACCUGCUCAGAUACGUCCACCUCAGCCCCAUGCUGCAAUUUCAAACCAGCAUCCACCAUCUUUCUUGCUGUCACCAGGCCCUCCUCCACAGCAGCAAGUUAAUCCCAAUGCUCGUCAUCCUGGUCUUCCUGUUAACCAGCGACCAGGCAUGCUGCCUGUGCCAUCUCCCAUGUCUCAGCAGUAUGUUCAGCAACAACCUAUUUCAAGUCAACAUGUCACCUCAGUUCAGAAUCAAAUGCAUCAGCAAGGUCCUACUGUACAGCAACAGCUUCCUGUUCAGCCUCAGUUGCGCCCUCAGGGCCCACAUCAUUCAUUCCAGCAACAUUCUCAUGCGUAUCCACAGCAGCAGCAGAAUCUUGCCUUAUCUCAGGGUGCACAUCCUCACCCUUCUCAAAACUUUGUUGGGAGACCACUGGUGCCAACCAGUGGGGUGCAAUCUCAGCAAUAUCCAGAAUCAGCUGCCAGUAUGCAGGCUAAGCCUGCACAACUUGGUACUAGCCAACCAUCUCCAAGUCAGAAAAUUAUGCCAGGGACCACUACAGAGAAAAAUUUAGGUGCACGAGAGGUUGAUUUGUCCUCAUGGAGAGCUGCUAAUUUGGAUACAAAUAACUCAAAAAGGGAAUCUGGUAUUGGAGUUGAUGCAGGCAAAACAAAAACUCCAAUGUCUGAAACUGAUUUGAAGACUAUGGAUGAAAAAAUUUUUGUUGAUGUUGGAGAAAAAAGCAGUGGGAUUGAUCCUUCAAUGAAGGAGAAAAUGGAAUCUAAGAAGGUGUUGGGUUCAAACCUUGAAUCAAAUGCUCUAGAAACUGGGGAUCCUAUAACUAAGAAGACAGUUAAGGAAGAACCUACUGAGGACCAGAAAGAUGUUAUUGUUGAGCACAGGAAACUGCAGAGUUCCGUUUCAGAGGACAAGAGAGUUAGGGAUGGCCCUUUAAUGAAUAGUCCCCCAUUGCACGAGGGUGGAUAUGGUGAAGAACAGAGUGGAAAGUUACAGAAAGAUAAAAUCCUGCCUCAAGACCAGGGUGCUCCAAAACGCCCUGGGGCUGAUGAAUUCAGAGGUUUUCUUCAAGGUCAGGGCCAGCCUGUGGGCAAUCAGCAACAUUCUCAUUCAGUUCCAACUGCUGAUCAGGGAAGGAACCAACCUCCACUACGCCAAUAUACAGUGAAUAGCCCCCAACAAAGGCCUAUUUUACCUGGAAUGCUGCAAGGACCUCUGGCAGGGCCACCUCUACAUGCACAAACGCAAGGACUUCUUCCUGGUCAGUUGAGGCCACAGGGUCCUGGACAUGCAGCAUUUCCAGGGCCCCCUGAAAACUUGCCACCUGGUUUGGUUGGAAGGGGACCAAGUUACGGCUCUCAAGGACCUGCUUUUGACUCUUAUGGCACAUCACCAUAUGGCCCUGAAAGUCAGUUUGGUCAGCAUUAUAUGGAUGGCAGACGACCUGAUUCUUCAAUGCUCUCGAAGAGUACGAUGAAAAUGAAUGGGCCCCCUGGCCUUGAUUCCACACCAGGAUUUGGGUUUCGUGAUGAAAGGUUAAAGCCUGUGCCAGAUGAGCGAUCAAAUCCAUUUCCUUUGGAUCCUGCCCUUCGUUUUGGUGAUGGAGGACGGUUUGAAGAUGUUAAGCAUUUUCCUAGGUCUUCACAUUUUGAUGCUGAUUCUGUUACAAAAUUUGGGAGCUACUUUUCCUCAUCAAAGCCCCUUGAUAGGGGUCAUCAUGGUUUUGGCAUGGAUGUAGGACCAGGGCCUCGUGAGAAAGGACUGCAUGGACUGCCCUAUGAUCCUGCUGUUGGAUCUGGCCCUUCACGAUUCUUACCUCCCUACCAUCCUGGGGGUAGAUUGCAUCCUGAUGAAGCAGGAGAAAGGUCAGUUGGUUUUCAUGAAGACACUCUUGGUAGACUAGAUUUUCAUGGACCAGUUCCUGGGUAUGGUCAACGUCAUAUGGACGGUUUUGCUUCUAGAAGUCCGGGUAGAGAAUAUCUUGGCAUACACACACGUGAAUUUAGAAGCUUUCAUGGUGAUGAUAUUGAUGGUAGGGAAAGCCGUUUCAAUGAUAGGUUUCCAGGUUUGGGGAGCCAUUCACACAAUGGUGAUAAUCUGCCCAUUGCUGAGCAUUUAAGGAGUGGUGAUUUGAUUGGUCAAGAUAUUGUGCCGAGUCACUUAAGGAGGGGAGAACAUUUGGGUCCACGUAAUUUGCCUGGUCAUUUGCGGUUUGGUGAACCAGUCGGUCUUGGUCCCUUUUCUGGCCAUGAAAGGAUAGGAGAAUUUGGUGGGCCUGGUAAUUUCCGUCUUCCACGACUUGGUGAGCCUGGAUUUAGGAGUAGCUUUUCCCUUCAAGGACUUCCUACCGAUGGUGGGAGCUAUGCAGAUGAUAUGGUUCCCUUUGAUAGACGGAGGAAACCAGCUAGCGUAGGAUGGUGCCGCAUCUGUAAAGUAGAUUGUGAAACGGUAGAAGGCUUGGACAUGCACUCACAAUCUAGAGAGCACCAGAAGAAUGCUAUGGAUAUGGUUGCAACCAUCAAGCAGAAUGCAAAGAAACAAAAAAUAACUACCAGUGAUCGUUCUGUACACAAAGAGGCAAGCAAGUUAAGGAAUACCAAAUUUGAAGGCCGUGGGACUAAGCAUUGAGUUAGAGCGUUGUGCCUUGACUUGGAUUUUGCUCUUUCCUCGUUACUUGGGGUUGAAUUUAUUCCGUCGGAAUUUUGCACUUAGUGAUGAUGUAGGUGAUUCUCUUCCGUGCCUUUUUUCCUACCUUGGGUGGUUUAUGCCAGUCCUGUCAUUUCAGGUUGCUGCAAUGUUAAUGGAGAUGGUUAUGGAACUGAGGUUCAAUUGCAACAGCAUAGUGGCUGAAAGUUAAGCAGAAAGGUUUACUCGGUCAUCUUUUAUAUAUGUGGUAAGGUUGAGUUUCAGUGUAUUGAUUUUGGCAGAGGUAUAUUUUUGCUUUCAGAAUUGAUUUUUAUUUUAAUGGUUAAAGUAUAGGGGCUAUGUCUGAUACUUUGUCUGCACACCAAAUUGGUUUUUCUUUAUAUAUUCUAAAAGAAAUUUGAACAAUUUUGGGGGCAAGGGCAAAGGAUCAAUUGCAAGAAUUUAUGGUUAUCAUAUGGUUUUAUAUGAGUUUAAAGGCUGGCCAAAAAAGAAGGGAGGGAUGC